AUGGGAUCGAGUCGAUCCCGGGGCGGCAGCCGCAAGUCCCAGAAGUUCAGAAAGGCUUCGCGCGAAGAGGCCGAGGCGCACACUGCAGCCACCCACAAGUCCGCAGCGACACUCAGCAGCAGCAGCAGCAGCAGCAGGAGCAGCACGGGGGGCAGCAGCAGCAGCGGCGGAGCUGCAGCGACGGACGGAGCGCCAGCAACAGCACCAGCAGAAGGGUCAAAGGCAGCAGCAGCAGCACUACCACCACCAGAAGCAGCACCAGAAGCAGCAGCAGCAGCACCAGCACAAGCAGCAGCAGCUGCAGCAGCAGCAGCAGCAGCAGCAGCUGACCGUAAGGGCCAAUGA